AUGGACAAGCUAAGCAUGAAAGUAAAUUGUUCAGUUGGAGGUUCAAGUAAUUUAGUAGAUGUUAGAGCUGCAAAUGUCAACUAUGCAACUGAUUUUUUUGCAUUUAGUCAAGAUUUUUCAACUUUUGGGAAGCUUCCUAGCCAACCUGAGAAUCCAAAGGAGCGGUGCAAUGCUGUUACUUUAAGAAGUGGAAAGGUAAUGGGGGAAGAACAUGAAAUUAAAGUAAAGUUGAAAGGAAAGAAAGAUGAGUGUGAGAGUGAAUCCAUUUCAACUAAAGCUAAAGCUAGUAAGGAAUCAAAUGAAGAGAAAGAAGAUAAAAAGAAAAUAGAAGAGACAUAUGUGCCUUCUGCACCGUUGGAAGAUUAUGAAAAUGUUGCACUUACUGAGGAGUGCAGUGCUAUAUUGCAGAACAAGCUCCCACCUAAGCUGAAAGAUCCGGGAAGUUUUUCCAUACCAUGUCACAUUGGAGAAACAAGUAUUGAGAGAGCAUUAUGUGACUUGGGGGCUAGUGUUAGCUUAGUGCCACUUUCCAUAUGUGAGAAGUUAAAGGUUGGAGAUCUAAAGCCCACAACUAUUUCUUUGCAGUUAGCUGACAGAUCUAUAAAGUAUCCAGUUGGGAUUUUAGAGAAUGUGCCAUUAAAAGUUGGGAAGUUUUUCAUUCCAGUGGAUUUUAUUGUACUAGAGGUGGAGGAGGAUGUAAGAGCCCAUCAUACUUGGAAGGCCAUUUUUAGCCACCGCAAGAGCUAA